AUGGCAUUUAAUUGGGUAUCUGCAGCUGCACAGACGUUGUUCGAUGCAAAUAUUGUAGUUCCUGGUACUGACAGACAUAUAAAAAAUUGGGUUUUUCAAAAGAACUCAACGCUUGGCGAGGAAAAAUAUACGGCUGAUAUUGGAAAUGGAAAAACGGUAACUGUAACAAUUAAAGAUGUUAUCAGAAAAAGUGGUCGAGCAAAAUGGGAUGUGAGCGGUUCUUGUUCAGAUGGGAGAAGUACAAGUUUAGUCGUAUGCAAAUCAGAUCAACCAGAUAAGAUGAAAAUUGCUGAUGCCGUUGCACACCAGUUUAUGUGA